CAGAUACAUUCAUUGGUUACGGAGAGGAGAGGGCGUUCUUACGGUGGCGGCGUGCGUUCGCCUGUGUGACAAUUACAACAACUUUGAGCUGUUCUGUGGGGGGAAGUUUAUGAUAUUACCAAAUAACGCCAUAUCGUAAAAUCCGGCAUCAACUCUACUCCAUGCAUUAAUUGGCAAUUAAAUACAUGUAGUAUUUUGUGUACAACCAUGCGAGAAGAAGGCUUUUUGGACGGGUCUUGUUUUUCUUGAGGAUUUGGCAAUCACUCGGCUAAGCUACGUUUUCAGUGCUGGAUAAGGUCGUGUACUUUCGUUCUUAUUAUAUUUUGGUGGAGUUUGUCGCCGCUUCCCUGUUGCUUUUUCAUGAAAUCGUGCGGAGUGUCGCUCGACGUUGCUGCCUCUGCUACUGCUCGAAGUCUCGGCGCUGCUGGUGAUGAGGAAAAUAAAAUGGCGGCGGGAAAAGCGAAUGAAAUAGAAGAGGACUUUCCGAAGCUAACAUCGCAGGAGARAGAAAGCUUGGUCAAAAUUGACAGUUCACUGUUUGGAUUUCAGAGGCUUCAUGAAGAUGGCGCCAGAACGAAGGCCUUACUGUUAAAGGCUGUGAUCUGCUAUGAUUCUGUCAUCCUGAAGGCAGAAGGGAAGGUAGAGCCAGAGAUGUUCUGCCAGCUGGGCCACUUCAACCUCCUCCUGGAGGACUAUCCAAAAGCAUUAUCUGCAUACCAGAGAUACUACAGUUUACAGUCGGACUACUGGAAGAAUGCUGCCUUUUUAUAUGGCCUUGGUAUGGUUUACUUCCAUUACAACGCAUUUCAGUGGUCCCCUUUCUCCCUGUCUAGGCCAGUGCAGCCCCCCUCCUCAGAGGCCCAGGCAGGACAGAGAAGGGCGAUAAAAGCGUUUCAGGAAGUGCUCUAUAUUGACCCCAGUUUCUCCCGAGCCACGGAGAUCCACAUGAGACUGGGCCUCAUGUUUAAAGGCAACACAGAUUAUGAGUCAAGUCUAAAGCAUUUUCAACUGGCUUUGAUUGACUCCAACCCCUGCACUUUGUCCAAAGCUGAAAUUCAGUUCCACAUCGCUCAUUUAUAUGAGAUUCAGAAGAAAUUCAGAGCAGCAAAAGAAGCGUAUGAGAGUUUACUACAGACAGAGAAUCUUCCUGCACAGGUGAAGGCUACUACACUGCAACAACUGGGCUGGAUGCAUCACACAGUGGAGCUGUUAGGGGACAAAGGCUCCAAGGACAGCUAUGCCAUCCAGUGUCUGCAGAAGUCGCUAGAAGCAGACCCCAACUCUGGACAGUCCUGGUACUUCCUCGGCAGGUGCUACUCCAGUAUUGGGAAAGUCCAGGAUGCCUUCAUCUCCUACAGACAGUCCAUUGACAAGUCUGAGGCCAGCGCUGACACCUGGUGCUCCAUAGGUGUGCUGUACCAGCAGCAGAACCAGCCUAUGGAUGCACUGCAGGCCUACAUUUGUGCAGUGCAGCUGGACCACAGUCACGCAGCUGCCUGGAUGGACCUGGGCACGCUCUAUGAAUCCUGCGGACAGCCGCACGACGCCAUCAAGUGUUACAUCAACGCCACCCGCAGCAAGUCCUGCACUAACACCGCCGCCCUCACACACCGCAUUAAGCUGCUGCAGGCUCAGUUGUGUAACCCUCAGCCAGGUAGUCUUGCGGGGGGGAAGGGUACUAAAAUGCUUCCUAGUAUUGAGGAGGCGUGGAGCCUGCCCAUCCCCGCUGAGCUCACCUCCAGACAGGGGGGCCUGAACACUGCAGCAGGCAGCCCAGGGUCACAGACACAGCAGCAGCAGGCGUCCCACCAGGGUGGUGAGGGAGGCCAGGGCCAAACGCACGUCUCCCCCCAUCCCAGCCACACUGACGGUCAGGCCAGCCCCGCCAAGAGAAAACGCACCGCCAGCCCGGCUAAGAGUGCUGUGGACCUGUGGACAAACCACCCGGUACAACACCAGAUCCCCAGCUGGUACCUAACACCACAGAAACUACAGCUCCUGGAUCAGCUCCGGACCAACCGGGCCAGUCUGAAACCACCACAGAUGCAGAUUCUGGACCAGCUGGAAAAACAGUUCUCCCUCAUGCAGCAGCAUCAACAUCAGGUGAGACAGCAGGCAGCAGGACAGUUGCGGCCCACCCUACCCAACGGCCCCUCGCUGUCCCCAAACUCCCUCCCCUCCCCUCACCCCCUCUCCCGGACUUCACCCGUCAGUCAAACAACAGCCCGUCCCCCCUGUACUGCUCGGCCAAUGGCCAACACACUUUUAUCUUCAAGUCCCCUUGGGCAGCUAGGCAAUCCAGAGGGGGGAACUGUGGGCAAUAAUCGCAAUCCCGGUCUACCGGGUGCAGGGACGUUACCGGGCGGUCUAACGGGAGGUGGCGGGAGUAAUGGAAACGUGCCUUACCUACAGCAGAACUGUCUACCUCACAACUGCAAUGCCACUAGUACCAGUAACCCCAGUACCCCCACCAGCAACAACACCAGUCACAGCAGUAAUAGUACCAGUAAUGUAGAGGAGGCCUGGAAGAGCCAGCAACGUACCAACUCCACUCAGGGGCUUCACAAAGGUCCAGGUUCACAUUCGGCAGGUCCCAAUGGAGAACACCCUUUCUCUUCAUCCUCCUCCCAGGCCGCUGGAUCCGGUGCACAAAUUCUAAAUCAGGUCGGACAUUCUACCGGGCCCUGCCCUGCCUCCUCUUCCUCCUUCUCCUCUUCGCCCCAGAGGGCCGGUGCCCCCAACCACCUCCCCUUCUUGCCCCUCCACUCCGCCACCACUACCUCAGUGGCCCAAACCAAAGAGACCACGCCUUCAGGAAGCAGCAGUGGAUUGGCUACCACCACAGGGACGCUGCUUAGUCCCGGUACCACUGCCCCUAUGCAGGGAUUGGCUAAUCACAUCCAGCAGGGGGCGGUGACCACAGAGAGCCAAUCCCAGCCCGGCUCUCCUCCGGGCGCGCUCAGUUCAGACAAUCCUCAGCUCUCAGCCUUGCUCAUGGGAAAAGCCAGUAAUAAGGAUGUUACUAACUACGAUAAUAAUAAUAAUCACGGUGGUGUUAAUCAAGGAGCCACCAGGGACAAUAACAUCAAGGUCAACAACAUCCACCCGGGUGUCCACCACGGAGGUCCCAAACCCCUGUCGGAACGCUCUGUGGCCUCCUCGCCCCUCUCAGCCAUGUCCGCCUCCACCCCCUCCCCCCCGCGCUGCGCCGACCACCACCCCCUCACAGCCAACAGCCUUAUCAGAAGCCCGUCCAACAGCGGAACCACCCGUACCGCUACCACUACCCCACAGGUCAACGGUAAGGGGCUAGAUGACUCUCGGAGCCCAGUGAAAGUAGAGCCCACUGGGGUGUCUCACAGCAGGCCUGCCCUGGCCCCAUGGUCCUCAGUCUCCAUCUACCCCAGCUCCAGCCAGGUGCUCAAAGCAUGCAGGAACCUGGGGAAGAACGGCCUGUCCAACAGCAGUGUCCUCCUAGAAAAGUGUCCCCCGCCCAGACCCCCUCCGCCCCCCUCGCCCUCACUGCCAAAGGACAAACUCAACCCCCCCACACCCAGCAUCUACCUGGAGAAUAAGAGGGAUGCGUUCUUCCCUCCGCUCCAUCAGUUCUGUACCAACCCCUCCAACCCUGUCACCGUCAUCAGAGGGCUUGCCGGGGCGCUCAAACUGGACCUGGGUCUGUUCUCCACUAAGACCCUGGUGGAGGCUAACCCAGACCACCUGGUGGAGGUGCGGACCCAGCUGUCUCAGCCCACCGACGAGAACUGGGACCUGAGUGGCACAAAGAAGAUGUGGCGCUGCCAGAGCAGCCAAUCACACACCACCAUUGCCAAGUAUGCCCAGUACCAGGCCUCGUCCUUCCAGGAGUCACUACGGGAGGAGAAUGAGAAGAAGAAGGAGCAGGAGGCAGAGGCAGCCAAUGCAGAGAGUGCGACACGGCGGAGGAAAGGGCCCUUCAAACACAUCAAGUUUGGCACCAACAUCGACCUGUCUGACGAGAGGAAGUGGAAGCUGCAGCUGCAGGAGCUCAGCAAGCUGCCAGCGUUUGCCAGAGUGGUGUCUGCUGGCAACCUGCUCAGCCACGUAGGACACACCAUCCUGGGCAUGAACACUGUCCAGCUCUACAUGAAGGUCCCUGGGAGCAGGACGCCAGGUCACCAGGAGAACAAUAAUUUCUGUUCAGUGAACAUCAACAUUGGCCCGGGGGACUGUGAGUGGUUCGCAGUGCCCGAACAUUACUGGGGAAUCAUCAACGACUUCUGUGAAAAGAACAACAUCAACUUCCUGAUGGGGUCAUGGUGGCCCAACCUGGAGGACCUGUACGAGGCAGACGUCCCCGUCUACCGCUUCAUCCAGCGUCCCGGAGACCUGGUGUGGCUCAACACGGGCACCGUCCACUGGGUCCAGGCCAUCGGCUGGUGCAACAAUAUCGCCUGGAACGUAGGACCUCUCACCGCAUACCAGUAUAAGCUGGCGGUAGAGCGAUAUGAGUGGAAUAAGCUGCAAAGCGUGAAGUCCAUCGUCCCAAUGAUACACCUCUCCUGGAACAUGGCCAGGAACAUCAAAGUGUCCGACAGCAAGCUCUUCCAGAUGAUCAAGUACUGUCUGCUGCGGACAUUGAAGCAGUGUCAGAUGCUGCGGGAGCUGCUGCAGGCGGCAGGCAAGGAGCUGGUGUGGCAUGGCAGGACCAGGGACGAGCCCGCACAUUAUUGCAGCAUCUGCGAGGUGGAGGUGUUUGACCUGCUGUUUGUAACCAGUGAGAGCAACAGCAGGAAGACAUACGUGGUGCACUGUCAGGACUGUGCCCGUAGGGGGAGCUGUAACCUGGAUAACUUUGUGGUGCUGGAGCAGUACAAGAUGGACGACCUCACACAGGUCUACGACCAGUUCACACUCGCCGCUCCUCUGCCUUCCUCCUCUUGACGGUAACAUUCUGUUGUUCUGAGGACAAUAAGAAUCCUCCCUGGACUCCCGAAACCUACCAGAAUACCCUUUUCUGAUAUUCAGGAAGUAAGCCAGCAGUCCUCCACUGCUCUCUGUAGCUAUCCCACAAGGCAGCUGUGUGAAAAGCUGUGUGUCUAUGCAACCUGCCCAGAGCAGAGCAGAGGUGUCCUCCCCCUAAAGGACUGGAGGGGGAGGGCAUUGCUCCUGCCAGCUACUGCCACCAGACUGUUCCAAUGCUGCCUGGCUCAGCUGUAACUUCUCUAGAAAAACACACAAAAAUGGACAAAAAAUUGUGACUGGCGACUUUUUGUAUAUAUUAUGUUAUAACUGGCAACAACGUCACACAGACUACUGACUUGCAGAAUUGUUCCUUUUUUAAUUCUGUUUGUGGGCUGAUAUACACCUUCUCUAAGUUUGUUUCCCUUGAGAUGAGUCCUAGCAUAGCUGGUCUUUUGUAUGUUAGAUAGAUACUACUUUGGGCAAGAAAAUAAUAAGAAAACAACAUUUUGUAAUGUAAAGAGUUAGAGCGAUUUAUAUUUUUUUUUACAGUUUUAUUGUUAUUUUGGAACCAUAAUAAUGUUUUGGUUCUGUAGGUAAAAAACAGUGAAUAAAAUGAGAGGUAAAAACAGCCAAGUCACCAAGAGAAAUGGGUUGCACAUAGACUUUUAAGGAAUAAACUUUAAUUUGUGAUUUUCAUUUUAUUUUUAAUCUUGUUGUAAAUUUUCCUUAUUUAUAAAAUGCAUAUUUAUUUGCUUGAAAAUCUUUGUUGGAAUGCUGUAAUUUUUUUCUUCAGAGUUCCUGCCAUUAAAUUUGAAGGAGUCGUGUCAUUUUAUACACGGCCCCUCCUGUUUUCUAAAUGAAUAAAAUUGCUUUAGCAAAGCAUUUUGCAGAGA